AUGGCACGUCUGAACCUCAAGCUGGCAUUGGGUCUGACCCUGGUUGCACUCUGCCUCCUGGCGCUACCCCGCGACACUGGGGCCUGGACAGGGGAGCGCAUGCUAGGAAAACGCCAGGACCUGUCCCCCAGCGACCCGCAGGUGCAAAAGGCGACUCAGGCGGCCGUGGCCAGCUACAACAUGGGCAGCAACAGCCUCUACUACUUCCGAGACACGCACAUCCUCAAGGCACAGAGCCAGCUGGUGGCUGGCAUCAAGUACUACCUGACGGUGGAGAUGGGGAGCACGGCCUGCCGGAAGAAUGCUGGAGACCGCAUCAACCUCACCACCUGCCCCCUGGCUGCUGGGGCACAGGAGGAGAAGCUGCGCUGCGACUUUGAGAUGCUGGUGGUUCCCUGGCAGAACUCCACUCAGCUGCUAAAGCACCACUGCGUGCAGCUGUAA